GUGGAGGGUGGCUCGGCCCGUCCCGUCAGCUAAAAGUGCAGAGGGAGGUCUCCCUUGUGGCUUCCUGGCCCCCUGCAUCGGACGGCUGUAUUGCAGAUGCGCAUCCGAGCAGUCGGGUAGCGGGGGCCAAUGGACGGGCCGCGGUAAUGUGAAGGGGUCGGGAGAGAGCGCACUUGAGAGAGUUUAACCAUUAACCAGCGUCCAUCGAUGUAACCGCACGCGGUCCGGUACCAUACUUAAGGCUUGCACACCGGCAUCCGCGUCCUCAGACCGUGCGCGUCAGCAGGAGGUGGAAGGAUACAUGCAGCCAGCUCGCUGGACGCCAACGGAGCCUCAACCCGGGUCGUGUCCGGAGCACCCACACAAAAAGCUUAUGGUUCACUCUGUUCGGAGAAGUCCCUUUCUGUGGCUGGUAAUUCAAUCCUUGUGCAGCAGACCUUUAAAUAUCUUCAGUGAAAAGACCUCCCUAGCAGCCACGUGGUGUAAGCCCACACGGAGCCACUUGCAUUGAAUGGAGAACAUAUUGGUCCUGCUCCCAAAACACCGACAGGAACACAGGGUGUGCAGACAAACAGAUCCAUGUGCUUUGCUGCAAUUUUUUCCCCCUCUGAACAAAUUCCAUUUGGGCUUUUAAUAAGAUCACCCCCUCUCCACCUUUUUAAUGGGAUAAAUUACUUAGACCGAUCAGGGUCAAAACCAGGUCAGGUGGUCCAGUGACUUUAGGAAGACGUAGUCUAAACUUUCUUGCUAAGCCCAUUGUCUUCCAAAGGCUUCCGCAUGGUACUUUGGUCGAAAGAACAAGACAAACUGCCCGACAUCAAAAUGUCUUCCGGGGCUGUUGAGAUGAAGAAGGAGAGAGGGCCCCUUUCGCCGGCCUUCCUCAACUCCAACUCCAUUGUGCACCCGGUGAUCCUCACUCAGGGACCUGAGGAAGGGAACCCAAAAACCGGGAGUGAGUUUGAGCUGAAAGAGGUAACGUCUUUCGCAGAAAUGGCCAAUGAAACCCCCGAGAAUGAAGAAAGGCUGGAGAUUGUUGCUGUGAUGGACUGUCGGGCUAAUGCCAAAGGUCAACGUGAGGAGGAUGCUCUCUUGGAGAAUGCAAGCCAGAAUGAGAGCGACGACACCAGCAAUGACCAGAGCCCUGAACCACCGGCACCCCUCAAAGAAACUUCCUUCUCCAUUGGUCUGCAGGUGGUUUUCCCCUUCCUGCUGGCUGGGUUUGGGACAGUGGCGGCAGGAAUGGUGCUCGACAUUGUCCAGCACUGGACUGUGUUUACGGAGGUCUCAGAGGUGUUCAUCCUUGUUCCGGCACUACUGGGUCUCAAAGGCAACCUGGAGAUGACGCUGGCCUCCAGGCUUUCCACAGCAGCUAAUAUUGGUCUAAUGGACACAACCAAGGACAUGUGGAACAUGAUCAUGGGGAACUUGGCUCUCAUCCAGGUCCAGGCCACAGUCGUAGGGUUCCUGGCCUCCAUUGCUGCUGUGAUCUUCGGUUGGAUUCCAGAGGGCCACUUUAGGCUGGGCCACGCAGUGUUGCUUUGUGCCUCCAGUGUAGCGACUGCCUUUAUUGCCUCGCUGCUAUUAGGAAUCAUCAUGAUUGGUGUGAUCAUUGCAUCCAGGAAAGUUGGCAUCAACCCAGAUAAUGUGGCCACACCUAUUGCUGCUAGUCUCGGAGACCUGAUCACCCUGUCGCUCCUGGCCGGCAUCUCAACAGGACUCUACAAGGAACUUGAAAACAACGACUAUGCCAAUCCUCUGGUAUGUGCGGUGUUUGUGGCAUUGUGUCCAAUAUGGGUGCUGAUAGCCAGGAAGAUCCCAUCUACGAGAGAAGUCCUCUACUCCGGAUGGGAGCCUGUCAUCAUCGCUAUGGCCAUCAGCAGUGUCGGUGGUCUUAUUCUUGACAAGACCGUUACCAACCCAAACUUUGCUGGCAUGGCUGUCUUCACUCCAGUCAUCAAUGGCGUGGGAGGUAAUCUGGUCGCGGUUCAGGCCAGUCGAAUCUCCACCUACCUGCACAUGAAUGGUAUUCCCAUGGGGGAUCCGAACCCCACGCCCAGGAACAGGAAGUGCCCCACACCUUGCUCCACUUUCUUCACCUCCACUGUGAACUCCCGUUCAGCACGUGUGCUCUUCCUCCUGGUCGCCCCUGGUCACCUUGUCUUCCUCUACACCAUCAACUCACUGAGGGGGGGACAUACCACACUAACCCCCGUCUUCAUCACCUUCUACCUGGGUGCUGCGCUGCUGCAGGUGAUGAUCCUGCUCUACCUAGCGGACUGGAUGGUCCACUGGAUGUGGGGCCGAGGGAUGGACCCCGACAACUUCUCUAUUCCCUACCUGACUGCUCUCGGUGACCUGCUAGGAACCGGCUUCCUCGCCCUCUGCUUCCACAUGCGCUUUUUCAUUGGUGACAGAGACUCCAAUUUGGGAAACUGAGUCAGUUCCCUUGCACACGUGGACAUCGAUGAUGGGGAAACUGGAUGUUUUCCGACGAAAGGGCUAAUCCCUCGGAGGGUUCUGAUUGAAGAUGCGGUGCUCCAGUUCAAUGACGACCGGGCGCACUCGGAGGCUGUUUCAAUGUGGACACAUUGGAAACUGUUUUUGUCUUACUCAGCCCAACAAACUUUUUUUUUUCUUUUUGCCUCAUAACGGAGUCCCCUGACUCUGUUAUUGUUGUACGAUUGUAAAUGAUUCUUAGGGGUAAAUAAUCCGUUUGAUGUAAGUUGAUAUCGAUUCUGUUUUGAAAGGCUAUUUAUUCCUCAUUAUUUUCAAUGGGGAAACUAGCCCGCAAAUCCAUUUUUACGUGAUCACCUUGCAACAAAUCCAAGAAAAAUAAGCAAAAAAAUUAAAAAAUAAAAUAAACCCUAACAAGCCAUUAUGACUUAAUCACAAAGUGCUUUGUCUUGAAAUUCUUUGAAAUCAUUGAAAUGCUUUAGUGCUUUAGAAGAGUACAUGUGGCUACUGUUGCUCCAAGUCUGUUUUUUCCUUCCUCUUAGGACAGCAGAUCGAUGCUGUUUUACCACGAAAUGGAACCAGAAAUGUGGCAAUUUAAACCCUUUGCACAACCCAUAAAAUUGUGGUUUGAUUCUGGUCAGUCCAUGAGUUUUGAUCCUAUUCGCCGGCUGUUUUCAAAACAACUUCACCCUCUAUCCUCCUAGACUUCAGGUUUCAAAACGUCCCGUUUUUGACCAAAUGUUCCAAACACAAUUAUGAAACUGAAGCCUAAGCCUGAUUAUUCUUUGGCAUGAAGACAAUGACACGCGUAUCAUACAGAGAAACGGGCAGCCGGUGGGGUCCUGUACCAACUUGGGAAACAAUCUGGCCUUUCUGUGCUGAAGCAGGCCAGUUGCUGUGUCGUGCAAGUCACACCUUUGCCCCAAAACAAGAGGCUUAAGAAACCUGCGGAGCGCAGCUCACUAAACCUUCAUGCGCUCGCAACAUUAUUGUGGCUGAGGAUGUGCUUGCAAGAGCCGACCUGCAUGAUGGCAAGUUUAGUUUGUUGGGUUUUUUUUUCUUUGUAUUGUAGGUCCCCGCAUCAUUUUUAAGGCCUGCCUUGUGUGUAGCCAUCAUUACUUGCGGCCUGGUCCAUUCGCUAAAACAGCACCAAAGAUUCACCAUCAGUCCUCAUAGAACCAAUUUGAGAGUCGCUGCUUCCAGGCAGUUCAGAGAAUGACAAAAAGCAUUUGCGUUGAAUUUUUCAUGGAGGUUUGACAUCAUCCUUUUGUGUGUGUGUGUGUGUGUGUGUGUGUGUGUGUGUGUGUGUGUGUGUGUGUUCUUUCCAGAUGUUGCGAAACAGGAAGUUUUUCAAGACGAGCAAAGCAUUUAAUUGAAGUCAAUUAUCUUUAAAACUGUUGACAAUAUAUCCGUCUGGUUACACUGAAUGAUGGCAAGAAAGCUCGGAAAAAGAACCUCUUUUAUAAAAUGCUUUUGCUACUCAAGAAGUGGCUUAGUGAGGGAUCACACACAUUUCAUGACUCUGGCAAAACCCUGACCCAAAAUUUGGAGUCAGAAAAAUAGAAUCGAACCACAAUCUCCUUUCCAAUCAUUGCCCCCGAUUUUCAUUUCCCUCUCUUUGUUUUGGUAAAACUGAGUAGGAAGGAUGAAAUGCAAUUUAUCAUGAGAAACCAAAGUGGUAUUUUGACCAAUUGAAAAUAGCAACAAAAAAUUCCAGAUACGAGGUGUCCAAGCUAAAACUUGCAUGAGAUUCUUGAAUUCUUUGCCACUUCUCAGACUUCUGCGUUACCUCAAAGGGGCCAGAAGUGUUCAUGUGCGGUGCACAUCCUAUGAAUGUGAAAAAAAAAUUGUCUCUCAAUCUUUUGUUUGGAUUCUUGAAUGGUUUUCGGGAGAAAGUGUGAUGUUAAAGUUGAGUUUUGUUUUGGUUGUUUGUUUUUUUUUCACCUCUUCGUUUGAACUCUUGGGCUGGGCCACAACGCCAAGUAUUGCAAUUUGCUAAAUCGACACUAGAGGGCGCCAGAGUGAUUCGUUGAUGCUUUGAGUUUUUUUUGUUUUUUUUUUGUCCCGGUUCAAAUUCACCACGGGGACAGGGGACAUGUGAUUUUUUUUUUUUUUUGUGUGUGUGUGUGUGUGGCGGAGGGGUGGUUACUGCAUUUUGUGUGAGGUGUCAUAUUCAUACAUCUGUUCAGUCCUUUCUCUUUUUUUCCUCAACCUUCUUACUGAACAGGUGCCAGCCUUCUACUCUAUGGUAAUGGCGAGUUGUGUAUACUUCUAUAAGAGGGCAGAUAACAGUUUUGUCUAUUUAUUAUUAGAAGCACACGAAGCAAUUUGUACAUACUAUAUUUAUUCUAUAUAUAAGAUUGUUUAUUGUGCCCUGUCAUUAUGGCUCUGUUUCUUUGUCGCCCCGGUGUAAUUGUUUUUCCUUCUUUUUUGGGCAAAUUUGUGUUUUAUUUGCAAAUGGACAGUAGUUUUGUUUUCCUGCUUGCCACAAUCGUGGUGAAAUGUUGCAUGGUGCCUAAUGAUGACAUAGAAUGGCCUUAACCUCUCUGAGAGCCAAGCUCAACUUUCUGUAACCAAUCAACAGCCGAGUGCCUUAAAAUAGCCCCGAUUAAUCAAUGAUUUACAAUACCUUGAUUAUGAUAUGCAAUGUAAUGUAAUACUGUAACUUAGUGUGAUGCAGCUGUAGUGGAGGAGUGGUAGCAUCAAUUUAUGUACACUCUGCGCCAACGCCUCAGUAAUUUGGGUACACAUGUCCAGGAGGGCCUGGGAUCAAGAUGGCCAGAAACAAAAGAAAUAUGGCAUCUGUCAAAUACCAGACACCCUGAAAAUACGCAGUGUCUCAUGUAAUUCUAGACUGUUGUGCAAUCUACAACAUCCAACCAAAACCCACAUACUGCCUUUUUAACCUCAGUGCUUCAACCCCAUUGAACUCUCAAGGAACCAGAUGGGGUCUCAGCCUGUCACAAUCCACAUGAAACCAUGACCUCCGUCUCAUGUCACAUUUGUUGCAGAAGAGGCAAAAUAGUAAUAAUAAUAAUAAUAAUGAGAAUUGGGGGGAGUGGAGGGCAUGUAUCGUCUCACCAGGGCUGAAGCUUGUGGGUUUCCUGUGGGUUAUUUCCUGACUUGCUGGGAAUAAAGGACUGUAUUGUUUCAUACCA